AUGGAUGAAACGCAAGAGGUUUCCGACCUAUAUCAAGUCAUAGAAGCGAGUGACGAUGCCUGGAGCGUCCCAAUAGAUCAGCACCCGUCGCCACAACCUGCACUAUCCGGCCACGCUUCCCCUAUCACGGAUCCCCUUGACGCCUUUUUCCUCUGUCGAUACGUCGACUUCAUCGGUCCGCGCUUCGACAUGUUCGACGAUGCACCGCGAUAUUUCUCGACAGUCGUGCCGCAGCUCGCUCUAAAAGACGAACUUGUCUUGCUAGCCUGUGCCGCAGUUGCAGCCCGCCAGUACUCCCUCGCCAAUGAACAGAAUCAACACGAUCACGAGCAGGCUUUGAAAUACUACAACGCGGCUAUAAAUCUACUGUCCAAGCGGCUACAAAACAGUGGGCCAGAUCCUGCGGUAUUUGCGAGCUGUCUGCUUGUAGCUCACUGUGAGAUGGUGGAAAGCAGGGCCACGGAUUGGGGCCUGCACCUCAAGGGGACAGGAGAUCUUCUCAAGAUUCAUGGUUGGCAUGGGGCGAGCAGUGGUUUAGCACAGGCUUCGUUCUGGAUUUACUGCAGGAUGAUCAUCCUUGCCUCCCUAUGCUCCGGCAAGCCAGUAGCAUUAGGACCUAAAGAAUGGAUCCCUGAAGGUGUUUUCCCUGAUCCAGCAACAUGGAAACUCGAAUCGUGGCAAAAAAAAGUCGUUUUCCUUCUCGGGACGGAGCUUGAAGCUGAAUUGGUGCGCCACCAGGGCCAAGCGCCAACUGUGUGCUCACCAAUCUGUAUUCUACCUCCGAAUGGCGAGGAAAACCCCUUCCGAUCUGUGCAUUACUUGAACGGUCCCAUGUCCGCUGCAUGGCAAAUGCUGCAUACUGCGUUUCUCAUUCUUACCAUCUGCACGCCUUGCUCACCGGCGAGUCGCCUCUCAGUGCUCUCAAGCCCCGACGUGACUUGCCAAGCACAGAUCUACGCACGCCAGAUUGUCGCCAACUCGCUGGCGAAUCGAUGCUCUAUCGCAUGGGCGAAUGCCGUCCAACUCCUUACAAUUGCGGCAAAAAACGGGCUGGAACACGCGGGCAAGCGUCGAUAG